AUGACAGCAAAAUCAAAAUUCAGUGCUCGCAUCGUCCAUGCCAAGCUUCCUCCGAAGCUUAAAAUGCCAUCCACGGUGAAAAAAUAUGAUGUCACCACAGAUCAGGACGACCACAGGUUCGACUUCGACGGAGCUGCACGUGUUGAGCAAUGGUCGAUGCUAGCCUGGUGUUUCAUGUUUGCACAAACAUUAACCGGAGUAGCACAUGUAUGGUUCGACGCGUUGAAUGAAGGUGAAAUCAAUGAUUUCGAGGAGCUCCGGAGGUUAUUUCUCCAGAAUUUUAGUCAACAAAGGCACUACUCCAAAGAGAUUACUAAGGUACACAAUAUCCAAAAGAAGGACGGAGAAUCACUCGACAGUUUCAUAGAAAGGUUCAAUCGAGAGAGUAUGCAAAUCAGUGGAGUAGUUGAUCAACUGAGAGUCUCCGGCUUCUGUCACGGAGUACGAAACAAUCAGUUGGUAGAAAAGCUACAUGAAAACCUCCCAAAGACAAUGGAAGUAUUGAGGGAACGUGCUCGGGCAUUCGCACGGGAGAAAAAUGCUUGCAGUUCGGCAGCCGAAACAGAGCAGAAAAUGUCUUCCUGA